GACUAUUUGGUUAAUUUAACGCUGCGGACACGAUCAUCCGCGUCAACUACCACCAUCCUCGUGACCGUAAUCGCCGUCCCUCCCACCACUGAUCGUCGCGCCAACCACGGGCGUAAAAUCGGCGCUACGACGAUAUUAAAAUCGUCGGCAAACGAUCGCGAUUUGCACCAUCGCCGAACACGUGGCUUGCUCAACGGCGACGCUGUACGACAAUGUGCACGCCGUGCCGCUAUGCGGCUCCGGCGUGGCUCACCCUGCCUCCGUCACGCCGAUGGGGACAGUCACCGGAGCGGGGAAUUCCACCGGGUUGACCUGGUGGAACAUGAUGAGCAGUGUCCCCUACGAGGACAGUCCGCCACCCGUAGCACCUACUUCCUCCCUCGUCUCCCUCCAGCAGCAGCAACAACAGCAACAGCAGCAACAACAGCAGCAACAGCAACAGCAACAGCAGCAACAGCAACAGCAACAGCAACAGCAGCAACAGCAGGCUCCGACAAGCGGUUCCCAUCAGCAGGCCUCGACGCCCACGUCCCCAGGUGCGCCCUCGUCAGCGGCGACCUCCCAGCAGCCAGCACCUACGGCGAGCGCUUCCUCGACCUCACCGAGCGCCUCCUCGGUCGCCAGCAACAGCGCUACGGGUCCGCUUCACAUACCGGCCAAGCGGCUCACCGCUACCCCCGUGGGCCAGACCACCUCGGCCUCGAGCUACGGCGACGUCGGCUGCGUCGGCGGCGAGCCCAACGGUGUACCGGGCAGCGGGGCCGGCGGCGUCAUAAGGCACUCGCAUUCGGGCGGCUCCAACACCCAGGGCGCCGGCGGCUGGGCAAGCUACAGUCCGCACCAGCCCCAGGAGAGCCACUACUCCAGCGCCGCGCCCCAAGACUCUUUGGGCCAUCAUCAGGCGGCCUACGGGGGCACUAAUCCCCCGACCUAUUACACCAACCUGGCGACCGAUCCGAGCAGCGGCGCCCCGGGCGGCGGCUCUUCCUCAAGGGACCAGCGCAAGAGCUCGACGCUGAGCUUCUGGUCCCCAGCGGCGUCGACGACGACCGGCGCCGCGGGCUCGAACUCGGACUACAAGUCCUACAACUCGGCGGGCACCGGCAGCGGGGGCAUCGCCACCACGACGUCGUCCACGGGCUCGUCAGGGGCCGGCGGCGGAGCCGACCCGGCCGUCAGCUGCCACCAGAGCUUCUCACAGAGGAGGCACCACCACGCGGUAGACAGCGCCGCGGCGGCUGCGGCCCACCAUCACGCCCACUCUCAGGCAAGCGUCUCGUACUUAACGCCCUCGGGGGCCGACGAUCGGGGACGCGUGGCCGCGGCCAUGGUCGCCGAGGCGGCCUUCCCACACGACGGAUACGGCGGCCUCAGGAACUACGGGGCACCCGAGCCCGUCACCUCCAGUCCCUAUCCACCUCCAGUGAUGUGGGGUUCCUCCCCAUCUUCCUUGUUUCCGACAGGUUCCCUGGGCGUGGGCGUAGGCGUCGGGGUCACCGGCAUGGGGGUCGGGGGCACGAAUCCCCUGGAGUGGACCGGCCAGGUGACCGUCCGCAAGAAGCGCAAGCCCUACUCCAAGUUUCAGACGCUCGAGCUCGAGAAGGAGUUCCUCUUUAACGCCUACGUCUCAAAGCAAAAGCGCUGGGAGCUCGCGCGCAACCUCAACCUGACCGAGCGCCAGGUGAAGAUCUGGUUCCAGAACCGGCGCAUGAAGAACAAGAAGAAUAGCCAGCGCCAGUCCCAGCAGCAGAACAACAACAACAACAGUCAGGCGAACAAUGCGAAUCACCACGGCGCGGCCACGGGUCAUCACCACCCUGGCAGCGGUCAUGCGAGCGUCCACCACGUGGCCGCGCAGGCGCACCACGCCAACGGCUCGACCAAACAUCAUCAGUGACCCGUGGUGUUCUCGGGCGUAGCGUUCGGCCACGGCCCGCACGGCGGCACCGGCUCCAUCCACUCCUCGGCGGGCCACGGGCUUGUCCCGGGCGCCGGCUCUAGCCACGGCCACGGACUCCACGCGCCGCAGGCCCAGCUAGCCGCCGGGGGCUCCUCCUCCUCCUCGUCCUCAUCGUCAGCGGCGGCGGCCGCGGCGGCCCUCGCCCAUGCGACCGCGCCUCUCCACUCGCACGGCCACUCGACGCACCAGCUGGGCCCGGCGGGGGCCCACGUCGGGACCCAUCAGCACGGUGGCCUCCUCCACCAGAACGCCCACGGGCUGGCGGCUUAGGCCGGGCCCGGCCGCGACGCCACUUCCCCCUCAUCUUCGACCUGUGACUCUUCUACUUCAUCGCGGUAUCUUGCUUUCUUAAGGGAGUACGUGCAGUUUGAGCGACGAGCGAUUAUCGACCGAUCGAACAGUGCCUCCAGGACGGCCGAUAUCUAGCUGCGACGACAUUAUUUAUAAGCUGGACUCGCGGAGAGCAAAAAGGUAAUAAAUACGGAAACAAGAAUUGCGACGUGUGUAAAUAAAUGAAUGAACGAUUAAUGAAUA